AUGCAAAACAUCUUAUCUCGUGAUUGGGACGGGACCGGGAAAAAAACACAGGGAGUGGGCGGUAGGGGGAGGGAGGUGUGUGUAGAACAACAAGUCAGUGAGCUCAUCAGGACCCUGCGUAAGAAAGGCUGGACGACUAGCACUAUCGCCAAAAACUUGGCCACAACUGGAAUAAGAGCUUCCUUGCGAACUAUCCAGCGUAAUUGCCGAUGUGCUGUUGUGGAGAAGAAGAAGGAACGCAAACCACGUAAAGUGACAAGUCAGGUGAUGGAAAUAAUAGACUCCAUCCUGAGAACAGACGAUGAACUACCAGCAAGAAAAGUAAAAGAGCUUCUCCAAAGCAGGCACAACAUAACGAUCGGCUUACACUCGGUGCGAAAAGCAGUCCGGAAUCUUGGCUGGAACUUUGGGAAGCCCAGAUUCGUUCCAAUGACCCGAGGAAAAAACAAAGACUUGCGUACCCUCUGCACUGUGGCUCAGACUUCUCCGGAGCAGGACAGUCCAGUAGAUCUUUCUUCGUCCCUGGACCUCAUCUCUUCUCUUGACCUUGAGAGUCUGGUGCAGGACCAUAACACACCUGAGGUUAUUCAAGAACCUCCUGCUCCAGAAACCCCAAACCUCCAGGAUUUUAACAGUCCUUUAGAAACUGUCAGUCCACCAGAGAAAACCGUCCCACCAGAGACAGAUGACGUCAGCUUCGAUGCCGCUCACUUCAUGGUUUCAACGAUGAUCCGAAAGCUCUUGGACAAAUCCCCCGUGUCCCUGGACAUUAGGGAACAAGGAAAAGUCAUUUUGCGACUGCGUGAGGUGGAGCGAAGAGUCUCCAUGCCCCGAGGAACAGACCUAAAGACCAAGGACCUCAAAACUAAAGCUAAAGAGGCGGCUAGAAGUCUCCGGGAAGAGCUGGGACCCAUCUCCUCCGCCCUGCUCCAGAGUGACUGGUUUGUGGAGGCAGCGGUGAGAAAUCUGAACAUCCAGCUCCAAGACUUCGACGAGGACCGAGGCCGACGACCAGGACACUUUUUCCUCCGAGUUCUUAAAAUGUUCAGGACCAAAAGGAGCAGAGUGUCGCCUGGUCCUCUGAGAGCAUACCUCAGAUCAGCGUGUUAA